UCUUACUUACAGCGAACUUAAAUAAGGAAAAACGCAAUACUUAGCGGGUGCAGUGAAAUUUGAAUAUUAAAAUUUAUAAUAAUAAAAUUUCUGUAAAUGCCUUUCUACGCUGUAGCAAAAGGUCGGCGAGCAGGUGUGUUCACCACUUGGGCAGAAUGUGAGCAGCAAGUGAAAAAAUUUAGCGGCGCAAUUUACAAGAAAUUUCCAUCCCUUUCGGAAGCCACGGAUUAUUUAUUAAAACACGAAUCGCUCAUUUUGCAUCAGAAUCUUGAGGAGACUUCAAAUAAAGGAUGGGCGCAGGGUAGUAUUAAGCCAACUGGUUUAGUAAUGAAUAUCAAACAAGAGGAACCCGAUUAUAUUCCUCUACAAACUACUGUUACACAAAAUAUAAAAGAAGAGCCCAUGGAUGAUAGUAUGUGGUUUGAGGAUGCUGAGGGUGAUAAGGAGUUGCUAGAAGCACUUGGUGCGUUAAAGGAAUAUCCAGAUGUUGAUUCGAAACCAAUUAAGACAGGGAGGAAAAAAAUUAAACAGGACCCCAGUGGAAAUAUAAAAACGCUUAAAAUUGGAAGUUACGUAUAUACUGUAGAUAAAGAUGGAUAUGUAGAUGUAUACGUUGGUGGAAAUAGCGAAAAUGUUGGCCAAUGGAAUUGUAUGGCUGGCUAUGGUAUAUACUUUGGGAAAAAUCAUCCUCUUAAUGUAGCUGAAGCCGCAUCAGGUCGCAUGACUCGGAAUGUUGGAGACAUUGAAGCAGCAAUUGCAGCAAUUGAGAUCGCCCAAAGGGUUGCAAUACCGAAACUAUGCUUGCACACUAGCUCGGAGUUCUUGCUGAAUGCUGUGGCUUUUUGGAUGAAUAAUUGGAAACGGAAUGGCUGGCGAAACAAGAAUGGUAAAGUAGUACAAAACCGGAAACAAUUUGAAAAGCUAGAUGCUCUCCUCAAUGACACUUCAAUUGACAUAAAAUGGUCUGAUGCGCGUAAGAAAUCGGGUGCCUCGAAAUAUAUGCGUGAUGUAAAAAACCUGGCACGAAUUGGAACAGAGGAUUAUCUUAUCAAUCAUCCGUGUAAGGAUGAUAGUUUUUCACUGGAUGAAUCUGACUACUUCGACUAUUAUUGAAUAAUGUCAAACAUUCGUCCUAAUACUUGUUUCCGUUUAUAGCAGUGCAACAAUAGUGUACUCAAUCGCAUUUUUGAAAUGCCAUGGUAUUUGAAGUAUUUUUCAUUAUUUGUGAUUUCUUGUCAUUAUAUCGACUUCCUCAUUGUUCAUGAAUUAUCAAAAAAAAAAAAAUGAAGUAUAAGCGUUAAUAAUAAUGAAUUUUUUAGAAGUUCAGAAA